AUGGUGGGUAUUUUCUCAAGAUUUUCUGUCGGUAGAGGCGGCCAUAGAAGAACCCAAAGUGCCCUUGAUGAGAGGGAAGUAUUGCCCCCAAAUGUAGAUGUUGCCGCAGCGGCUGCUGUCACUGCUGCUGCUUCUCAUGGAAUUGAAGUAUCAGUGGAGUUUAAGCCAGUUGAGCAUCCGAUUGAGCCUCUCGACAAUGAUCCACCAAUUCAAUGUCCGCAACCUGAACCUUCAAUUCUUAAUGAUGGAAGAUUGUGGAAGGAGCGAGUUUCUGCAACUGUACGUAGAAGAGGUGAGUUGCCUGUCAUGAAAGAAGGUGGGGCCCUUGAAUCUGAAUCUGUUGAGUCAGGGCCACGGCCAAACCAGGCCAAUCGAUUGAUACUGCCUUCUGUCAGUGCCCCUGAGCAUCAUUUACUAAAACUACUUGAAGAAUGUAAUGCAUCUGGGAUCUAA